UUGUUUCGGUUGUUCCAAGACCGUUUUGUCGUAUUCAGUGAAAAUAAAAGUCUUUUGCGAAUGUAUUGGUAUACAUUCACACGCAUAGGCAAGCAAAUCGUUAAACGUUUAAUUGCGAUCGUGAAUUGAGUGUGUGAAGUUGCGAAAUAAUUGUUAUUGUAAAAUGGGAAGAGAUAUGAAUAAAAAUGUGCACCAAUUCUUUAAAUUAAAUUUGGACGAGAACAAAUCAAUUUGUAAUGUUUGCGGUAUUAAAUUGUCCGGUAAUCAUUCCACAAAUUUAAGACGGCACUUAACAACUAAGCAUAUGGACAUUUUCAAUGAGUGGAAUUAUUCUGGAUAUACAAAGUUAACACAAUGCGAAGAAAAACGAAGAAUAUCAUAUCAAACGAGUGAAAAAUCAAUUGUUUCUUCUUUGAUCAUAAUUGUAACCACAGACGGAAAACCAUUCAAAUUUCUAGACAGUGAAGGGUUCAACGAAAUAAUGGAUCCAAUAUAUAAUGCACUUGGCAUGAACUCUGUAACGUCGAGAAAUAUAAUGAAUUUUGUGUCAGUCAAAGAGCAGUUUGUCAAGAAAAAUAUAAGGGCACUUGCAAAGGGAAAGCUGGUGUCGCUGAUCGAUGUUGCCACCAGAAUGGAUAAAGCUAUACUGGGAAUCAAUUUGCAAAUGAUCCACGCAAGCCUGGCUAAAACCGAGAUUGUUGUGAAGACCUUGGGCAUGACUGAGCUCGGGGAAUCUCAUACUGGAAUAUAUAUAAAGAAUAAAAUUCUAGAAGUCUUAGAUGAUUAUGGCAUAACACUUGAUCAGAUCUACAGCAUUACGUCUGAUAAUGGGCGAAACAUGAUAAAAGCCGUCCAGGUAUUAAAUGAUGCGACAGAGGAAUCCCUUUAUGAAGAAGACAUAGAAAGUGAGAAUCUUCUGAAUGAACUGGAUUCUAUUGAACUGGCUAAUAUACACCUAGUGAGAUGUGCAGCACACACUCUGCAACUGUGCGUAUUUGAUGUAAAUAGAACAAAGGAGAUCGCCGAUAAAAUAAGUGCCUGUCGCACAUUAUGCAAAUCGCUGCGCACAGAAACAUAUAGGUAAUAUAUAAGUUAUACAUAUAUAAAAAUUUCUU